GCCCUCGGCGCCUCCCGUUCGCGCGGUGGCUGCGGGGAAGGAGGCAAGCCUACAGGCCAUGCCUUAUUUUUUGCAUAACGGUCACCUACUUCCGACUCCAGUCGGGCGAGGGGCGGCGUGUUUCCUCCUCCUGCGCCGGGGCUGUGGCAAGGCGAGAGCAUCCUUCCCCCCGGUCCGAGGCGAGGGGCGCUGCUGCGGCCGGAGCCGCAGGUGCUUCGCAGUGAAGACAAGAUAAUUCAAAGAGACCAGAGAUGCCUUGGCCGAGCAGAAAGAGAGACAAAGGAGUAGUAGCAGAUAAAAAGGAGCCUGAUGCUAAAAUUGCCAAAACCGAGGAAGAAACUCCGGAUAAGGAGGAAGAGGAGAAGUCCACAAAACCUCCAGCUGGGAGUUCCAAGUCAGGAUGGAAGAACUGGAAGAAGACAAAAGAAUCCGACUCUGGUGGGGAGGAAAGCAAGAUAACCUAUUGUCACUGGCUUCUGAAAUCAGAGCCAGAGAGCAGGCUCGAGAAGGGAGUGGAUGUGAAAUUCAGCAUUGAUGACUUGAAAGCUCAGCCCAAUCAGACGACCUUUUGGGAUGGAGUAAGAAAUUACCAGGCAAGGAAUUUCCUGAGAGCCAUGAAACUUGGGCAGCAGGCCUUCUUCUACCACAGUAACUGUAAAGAGCCUGGCAUUGUUGGCAUUGUCAAGAUCGUAAAGGAGGCAUACCCUGAUCACACACAGUUUGAUCAGAAGGAUCCUCAUUAUGAUUCCUCCAGCAGAAAAGAGAACCCCAAAUGGUCCAUGGUGGAUGUCCAGUUUGUGCGGAUGACAAAACGUUUCAUCCCCCUUUCUGAAAUCAAGGCUCACCACCUGGCCCAUAAAGCAGAUGGAGGCCCCCUAAAGAACAUGAUGCUCUUCACAAGACAACGUCUUUCCAUCCAACCACUGACACAAGAGGAAUUUGAUUUUGUCUUGAGCCUGGAAGAGGAAAAGCCACAUUAAGAAACUGACAGCAGCACAGCUUCUACCCAGCCCGCUGAUGCCUCCUCCUAAGCCAGCAUAAUUCUCAAGUUUACUUGCUCAAUCGCAGCAACAAGAACAUGCCCGCACAUGAUUUGCAGCUACAUGUCCCUUAUUCUGACACACUGUCAUUUUUGCUUAUUUUUAAAUAAAGCCUUUUAGAAUCAA